AUCAUAAAGGAAUUUAUCAUGAAAACUUUGACGGAGAAGGCAAAUGCCCUUCCCUCUGAGGUGCUGCUCACGUCUCUCUGGUCCUUGUCUGUGGCCAUAUUCUCCGUCGGGGGUAUGAUCGGCUCCUUUUCCGUCGGACUCUUCGUCAACCGCUUUGGCAGGCGCAAUUCAAUGCUGAUUGUCAACCUGUUGGCUGUCGCUGGUGGCUGCCUUAUGGGACUGUGUAAAAUAGCUGAGUCGUCGGUUGAAAUGCUGAUCUUGGGCCGCUUGGUUAUUGGCCUCUUCUGUGGACUGUGCACAGGUUUUGUGCCUAUGUACAUUGGAGAGGUCUCGCCUACUGCCCUGCGGGGUGCCUUUGGCACUCUCAACCAGCUGGGCAUCGUGAUUGGAAUUCUGGUGGCCCAGAUCUUUGGUCUGGAAUUCAUCCUUGGGUCUGAAGAGCUAUGGCCGGUGCUAUUGGGUUUCACCAUCCUUCCUGCUAUCCUACAAAGUGCAACCCUUCCAUGUUGCCCUGAAAGUCCCAGAUUUUUGCUCAUUAACAGAAAAGAAGAGGAGAAUGCUAAGCGGA